UGUAACACGUCUGAUCCUCCUGAAGAAUGGAAGAUUUUUUUAGCAACAUCAUCUCACCUAACAGCACUAAUAAUGAUGCUGGGACGCCGUUAUGGACGCUUUUCUUUUACAUCUCAGUGGUUGUCAUCAUCAUCAGCCUUCCUUUGACCAUAAUGGCUAUCUAUUCUCUGUAUUCCCAGGUGCAAAAUGAUAAUGUUACUCCCAUCUUCGUCAUCAACCUUCUCAUCUCUGACCUCAUCCAGAUAUGCAGCAUGAUCAUUUUUGUGGCAUAUGACAAUGCCUUCACUGUCAAACUCGUGGUGCAUUCUUAUGGUCUAAUAGCCAGUGUUGGCUUCAUGGUGUGUGUCGCCAUGGAAAGGUAUUUGAUCAUCGUCUGGCCACUGUGGUACCACUUCAGACGGAGCAUCAAGGCGUCUGUGGUGGUCUGUGUUGUGGUCUGGAUUCUUUCUAUUGCCGGUAUUCCUAUUUUCUUUACCAAAAUCCCCUUUUUCAUCAGAGCCAUCUUAUGUACCAUCUUCCUCCUCCUCCCCUUCCCCCUGCUCAUCUUCUUCCUGGCUGGGACCCUCAAAUCGUUGUCUGCUGCCAUCUCGGUCUCCUCUGAGGAAAAACGAAGAAUUGUGGGAACUAUGGUUCUGGUGCUGCUUAAUUAUAUAGUGUUGUUCCUGCAAACAAUCAUUCUGGUCCUGAAAGUAGAAAUCACUGUUGUCCUUCUCAUCAGCAUUUGUAUUUCAAUUCAUAUAAGUCCUCUUGUGGAAAUAGUCUUAUAUGUUUUCACUAGGAAAGGGGCCACAGAUCAUCUGCUGGCCUGCCUGUGUUGUUGCACGAUGGGCAAAAAGUGUUUUAGCAUGUCGUCAGAACAAGAGGGGGAGAGAAAAAAUGAAAAAAAGGGAAGGGGCAAAAGCAGGGAAGUAAAAAGUAAUGAGGAAGUAGAGAGAAAGUAAGUGAGGCAUCAAGCUCUAUUAACGUUUCUAGCAAUUGAACACAUUGGACAGCGAGGAAUCAUGUUUUUGAUUAUGUUGUUAUGAGUACUGGCUGCUGAAAAUGAAAUUAUGCUCAGGUAAAAAUGCUCUUGUUCACUA